AUGGUGCUUUAUUUGGUUAGUUUAGCUGGAUGUAUAUGUUUUUCAUACGUUAUUCUACUGUAUGCAUUUGAUUAUAAUGGUUUCGAUAGGAAUAAUCCGCGAAGUAUUAAAAGAAGAUUUAUUGCUGCAGUUAUAAAUAAUUUUUUCGCUAUUGUAAUAACUUAUAAUGUUCUCAACGAGUACAAUAUGGGCAAAAAAGAUGAUAUCGCUUUCCGUUCAACACAUCCAUUAUUCACUAUGGGAAUACAUUUUAAAGGAUUUUUUAAUGCGAUAAUCUUACCGGCAAUAUUAACAAAUAUUUGUUACUUUGGUACAUGGGUAAUUACUUAUAAUGAUGAUUUUUUGGAAUGGAAGGAGAAUUUGAAAAAUUUAUUGUGGAUUCGAGACACGCUCAUGGCACCUGUAACGGAAGAAUUGGCAUUUCGAUCUUGCGCUGCAACACUUAUUUUACAGUGCAUGUCACCAAUUACGACAAUCUUUUUUGCACCACUGCCAUUUGCUAUUAGUCAUCUUCAUCAUGUUUUUGACGAUAUGAGAAGAGGCAGAACAGUGAAGGAAGCCAUUUUCAAAAGAAGUAAUACAGUUUGUUUUAUGAGAUGCGGUGCAUUGAUAUGA